AUGCUCACAUCAACGUUUCUCACGGCUCUGACAACAGCCGCUGUCGCCUCUGCUCACAUUGUCAUCACAUAUCCAGGAUGGAGAGGCAACAACCUCAUCACCAACAAAACUUUCCCAUACGGCAUGCAAUGGAUGUAUCCAUGUGGCGGCAUGGAAGUAACAACAAACCGAACCUACUGGUCAACAAAAGGCGGCGCCAUCGCCUUCCAACCCGGCUGGUUCCAAGGCCACGCAACAGCAAUGGUCUACGUCAACAUGGGUUUCGGUACUGAAGGCCCCGAUGAUGGACCACCGGGCGGUCCCCCCAACAUGUCUUUCCCCAUGGUUCCCCCCUUCCAACUCCUCGGCCCAUCAAAGAACCCGUAUCCCGGCACCGUCUGCCUCCCUCAAGUACCACUGCCAGUGAACGCGACGGUCAAGGCUGGCGACAAUGCCACAAUUCAGGUUGUUGAGUUGGCCGUACAUGGCGCUGCUCUCUACUCGUGCGUCGACAUCACAUUUGUCGAACCAGGCGAUUCGAGACUGGCCGAGGUUAACGAGACCAACUGCUUCAACAGCACCGACAUCGGCGUCGCGGACGUGUACACCCUCACCCUUCGUGCUUCCGGACAAGGAGCGGUCAACCUCACCAGCGACGCGGCACGAUCUAUGACUAUCAGCGGCUCAACUCUUGCAUGGCUCGGCUACGUCCCACUCGCUCUCGGUGGUUUGUGGGCGCUGCUAUGA